AUUUAAUUAUAAAAUAAGUUAAAUUCAAUACAUAAGUAUUGAUUUUUAGUCAUUUGUUUUUCUUUAUCGAUUAUUGUAUUGUUACAUAUUUUAUAAUGUCUGUGAUGCGAUAUUGGCGUACAAGUAUGUUUGGAAAUAGCUUAUUAAGAACAGUAUAUCAGAACGUUCAUCAUUCUGCAGCUAGACAAUUUUUAGAACCCUCAUAUCUACAGAAAGACACUAUCAGAUAUAAUAAAUUCAAGGGCCAUUCGUAUGUAACUUAUGAUGGGUUCAAAUGUUGGAACUGUCAAACAACAUUAGACAUCAGACCAUGUCUAUUUUGUAAAAAUUGCUCAAUAAUUCAGUCACCCAAAGAUCAGAAUUUAAAUUAUUUUGAGCUAUUUAACAUCAAUGUUCAGUAUGACAUUGAUACUGUACAAUUGACAUCAAACUUUAGAAAACUACAAAACCUUAUGCACCCAGAUCGAUUUUCCAACAAAACUAAAGAAGAACAAUUACUAUCAGAAUCAUUUUCUUCUCUUUUAAAUAAAUCUUAUACUACUCUAUUGAAUCCACUUCUAAGAGGCCUUUAUAUGUUACACCUUGGUGGUUUGAGUAUUGAUGAAGAUUCUAUAACAAUGGAUACCACUUUUUUAUGUGAAAUAAUGGAUUGGAAUGAAAAAGUCGAAGAAGUUAGUACAAAAGAAUCUCUUGAAGGUUUGAAGAAAGAUAUUGAUGAUAUGUUGGUUGACUUAUACAUGGAUUUAUCAAAAGCUUUCAGUGAAAACAACCAAAAUCAAGCAAAAGUAUUGUUAUCAAAAGCCAAGUUCUUUUCAACAUUGCUAGAAAAAAUCAAAGAUAAAGAUGAAUUAUAAAAAAAAAAUAUUCAGUAUAUUUCAAACUAUUAAAAAUUUGUUCCAAAAAUA